CGCUUCGUCUGCCCGAAUCUCUCACCGUUGCUGCUGCGCCAUGGCCACGUCCUCGCCGGCGAAGGCGCUCGUGGCCGCCAACGCCAUUAACCCGGGCCUGGUGCUCUCGCACAACUUCCCCGAGGUCGCGUUCUCCUACGACGAGAGGGAUGUGGCGCUGUAUGCGCUAGGCGUGGGAGCUUGUGCCGCUGAUGCAGUGGAUGAGAGGGAGCUCCAGUUGGUGUAUCACAGGGAUGAGAUAUCAUCAAUUAAGGUUUUACCUACUUUCUUUUCUUUAUUUACUCUGAGGAAUGGUACAGGAUAUGCCCUGGAUGUGCCUGGACUUCAGUAUGAUCCAAACCUUAUAUUGCAUAGCCAGCAAUAUAUAGAGGUAUAUAGAGUAAUUCCAUCACGAGCCAAUGUUAUCAAGAAAACUAGAGUAGCUGGCUUGCACGAUCGAGGGAAAACAGCAGUUCUUGAACUUGAAUCACUUAUCUGUCUUGAAGGUUCUGGUGAACAUUUAUGUAUGAGCAGGAGUACAUUCUAUUUGCGUGGUUCUGGAGGCUUCUCUGACUCUUCACAGCCGUUCUCAUAUGCCACUUAUCCUGCCAACCGUGCUCAUGCCUCAUUUCCGGAUACCACACCUACUGCAGUAUAUGAAGACCACACCCAGAAAUCCCAGGCACUUUUGUUUGGCUCAUCUACUGUCUUUUACCCUUUGCAUUCAGAUCCUUGUGUUGCACAGGCUUCAGGAUUUUCUCGUCCGAUACUUCACGGACUGUGUACUCUCGGAUACGCCAUUCGAGCUGUGCUCAAGUCAUUCUGCAACGGGGAGCCAGCAGCUGUGAAAAGCAUCUCCUGUCGAUUUCUUCUCCAUGUUUACCCAGGAGAAACUUUAGUCACUGAAACGUGGCUCCAAGGAAACAGGGUGCUCUACAGAACUAAGGUCAAAGAGCGUAAUCAAUCCGUGCUUUCUGGAUAUACGUUGCUCAGUCGCAUAUCUUCAUCGUUGUGAGGCGAGGAAGCUCAUCUGAUCAUGUUCUUGCAAGGUUUCUCGUUGGCUGUUGAGAGAAUCCAACCACCAACUCCCUUUGCUACUCUUGUUCUAGCGAACAACAAACUCCCAUAUGAUUCAUUUGUGCUUUUUUUUUUCUGUGGUGAUAAUUCAUAUGUAAAUCGUGCACUGGCAUGUGAAUAAGUACAGCAAGUUCCGUCUACUAC